GGUCACAGAGUUUCUAAACCGAGACGCUACAUUGCGAGACUUCCGGGAACCAUUGCGAAGCAGACCAAACAGACCAGGCUGGGGUUUGAGAAGUCGAUUAGAGAACAAAAACAACUUUAGAUCAAAGUAGUGUCUUUGAUUUGACAGCGCGAGACCACCGUUAGAACCGAUGACACGUUUCUGUGCAUGAGUAAAGCUAGCCAACGUUGCAAUGACAUCGCCUACAAGCGUGAUCAGGGAUUUGUAUUGGAGAAACAGUUUCUGCCUAUCUUCAUACUGUACUGUCUUUGACGAGGUGCUGGUGCAACCAGACUAGUGGUUGAUGAGGCUCUUUCGGCUGUAGCUAGGCGACCACUGUGACUGACAAGUGAAUCCAUCUGUCACAGCAAGUGUGCGGGCUACCUCCUCACUAGACAAACGGGGGAAAAUAUGCUGAAAUUGGGGGAGGUACUAUGUAAGCUUGUCCAAUAAGAAAUGGCUGCUUUUUUUUCAGUUGAAAAACAUUUUUCUAUGACAUAAACUAAUGAAUAUGUCUGGUAAACGCAUUUGUUGCUGCUGCUUGGAAGGUGUUAAAGUAUUGGAGCAAAUGCUGUCUCGCCACACAUUUUCCGGCGGGUCGGCCUGGCCCUAGCCUUUUGGGAGCCCUACACAAAAGUUAAGGCAGAGGACAUUUUAGAGUUAAUUUCCUGCAAUUCUACACAUUUUGCCAGGGGGGGAUAUAUAAAAUGUUUUCAAGAUGCAUACUGCAUACAUACAAAAUGCCUCCAGAUUGCAAAGUGGUGUGUGCAGCACUGAUGAAGCCUGCCUUUCCGUUGUCACAUUUUGUGGUUUAACUCAUAACCUGGCUGGUGAAGGACAUCUCACUGGAGGUCACAGGAGCUUUGUGAAGCCAGCGGGACACAACACAUGGAGAGAUGACCAACCAAUCACUGUUGAUGAGGGGGGUGGAACCUCAACCCAGCAUGUUAUUGUGAUAGAGUCUGUAGAUGCAGAGGCUGCAGGUCCUGGGGUCAAGCAGCAGAUGACUAAAGGAAAGAAGGACCCACAGCACAGCAGAGACAUCCAGACCGAGGCAGUGGCUGGAGUGGUGCCCCCUGUGGUCCUCUCCGCUGUGCCCCAGGCCAGGACCAUACGCAGCAUCAUGGAGGAGGAGGAGGGUCCAGAGGUGCUGCUGGUGAAGGAGGAGGGUCUGGGGAACCCUGAGGGAACCAUGGUCAUGGAGGACAACCAGACUACACCACCUCCUGAAACCACAGAGGAACUAGCUGAGCAGCACAGGACCACAUACAGUCUCACUGAGUCAGACAUGGAGGAAGGGAAGCCUGAUCUGCUGCUGGUCAAAGAGGAGACAUUAGAAGACGGACCAGAGAGCAUUGACCUGCUGAGUGGACUAAAGAUGGGGGAGCAAGGUGGUUGGCUGGAGGCUAACAGAAGAGACUGGGUGGCCAUCUUGGAUUUCCAGACCCAGACGGGUGCAGCCAAGGGCCCAGGGGACAACAUUACUGAGCAGGCGAGGACCAGAGGUGACAUAGUGGAGUCUGCAGUCCAUGAGGACCUGCUGAUAUCUGGUGUUGCUGACGGGAGAGACUGGACCUCUGAGGUGGGUGGUCACAAACCCUGGCCCCGGAUCAAAACCCUGGAUCUGGAGCCAUCACUCUUCCUUCCCGAGUCGGAACUAGGACCCAACCGUGAGGGACAGAGACUCCACCACCACACAAAACACAACCAGUGGACAGGUGGACUGAACAACCUCAGUCCUGGUGGUCAUCAGAGAGACAGAGGCUGCAAUCAGGGAUCCAGUCUGCAGUCUGGGGCUGAUAGAGAUAGACCCUCCUGUUCCUAUGAUACAAACACCACAAUAUCCAUGAUGAACAGAGCAGGUCACCCUGGGCUUCAGCCUUCACAGAGAGUGAUGGGAGCCCCCCCUGGAGGUAGUCUACCAGCCAGUCGGCCUUCUCCUUCAGGGCCUCGUCCAAUUCCUGGUGAAUGGGUUCAUAGAAGGUCUGGACCUGGGUCUAGCCUUCCUCAGCUACCUCAUGGUUACCCCACCAAUACAGACAGGGUCAGGAUGGGCGUUCACCAUAAGAGGUACCUAACCUAUAACAUAGCACACAAUCCCAACAACACCCAAACAAUGUCUAGAGGUCAAGGAGGGAGCUCAAAAACUCUUGAUGCUACCUCUGGUGUCAUUGGGUUACAAUGUGGGAGGCCGAGCAUUAGGAUGGACGCCGACAAGCCAUAUGCCUGCCCCACGUGUGGGAAGCGCUUUGCUGAGGCAAGGUAUGUGAAGCAGCACCAGACUGUUCACACCAAAGACAGCUUCAAGUGCAAAUUAUGUCACAAGAGCUUCUCCUUCCUGAGUAGCCUUAUCAGACAUAGGAGUGUCCACAAUGGGGAGAAAUCGUAGCAGUGUGGCUUAAGAUGUACACAGGGGAUGUCUUUAUCUGACAUAUUAUAGUUUUCAUGUGAAGUGUCUAGGGAUAAGAGGGUAAUUAACCACAUACCCCUCAUUAACCCCUUUAACUUUUAAUUUGAAACAGGCUUGCGUUAAUACCUGAUUUUAGAGAGACGGUAAACCUAGGCUAGAACAAGUAUAGUUUAAUAUUCUCUGGUCUGUUGAAACCAUGAUUGAACUCUUUGGCCUGAAUGCCAAGUGUCACGUCUGGAGGACACCUGGCAGGGACUGGGAGACUAGUCAGGAUCGAGGCAAAGAUGAACGGAGCA